AUGAAGGAAUGUACUGAAAAUAUUUUAAAAACAAAUGAAUUAAAUGAAGAAAAUAAAAUUUUAGAAUAUUUUAAAAAAUGUGUAAAUGAGGAAAUAUUGAAAGAAAAUAAAAUUGAAGAAAAUGAGAAAAAUUUGCGUUUACAAAAAAUUAUUGAAAAAUUGACUAAUUCGAAUAAAGAUGAUGCUUUGUUUGAAAAUAACAAAUUAAGAGUUAAAGAUAUGAAGAAAAAAAUUAAUUCAGCUAAAGGUAAAAUUAAGUUGUUCUCGAUAUAA